ACGCCAACAUUACUAUAGAAAACAGUUGUCGGAUUGCAGGGCGCAUACGAAGAUAGGCACCUUCUCUAUCCAACCAACGAAAGCCACGGAAGUGGUUGAAGGGUUUGUUCUGCAUUCCUCGGCGAAUCCGUGACGAAAAAGACCGACCCCUAUAGAAGUGCCGACUCGCGCCGGCUCGCACAAUUUCCAAGACAUUUUUCUUCUUCUCAUUCUUUCUACUACAGAACUCUUCCAUUUCGUACGAUUUGGGCGAAUUGAGAGAAGCCAUGAAUUCGGAUAAAGAGGGUUCGGUACGGGUCGCGGAGUCGCCUCAGUGUGAUAACGAGACGGCGCCGAUCGAUCCACCUCCGGAUGGUGGCCUUGGAUGGCUUCAAGUUUUUGUUGGACAUCUUGCCCUAUUCAACACCUUUGGUUGGUUCAACAGCUAUGGCAUCUUCCAGGACUACUACACGGAGGAACUACAGCUACCUCUAUCAGCCGUAUCUUGGACCGGGAGUGUGCAGGUGUUCCUGUUAGCCUUAAUUGGCAUGUUCUCGGGCCGCCUAUUCGACGCGGGUUACUUCCGGUCGCUAAUUGCGAUCGGCUCUGUGCUCCAGCUCUUGGCCAUCUUCAUGGCAUCCUUAGCCACAGAAUACUGGCAACUCCUCUUGGCGCAAGGGUUCUGCGGAGGGCUCGGAGCCGGCAUCUUGUACUGUCCAAUUAUCGCGAAUGUAGCCACUUAUUUUCGCCGAAAGCGUGCCCUAGCAAUUGGCAUAACCACAAGUGGUGCUGCGACGGGUGGCACCAUUUUUCCAAUCAUUGCUCAGCAGCUGCCAGGCAAAGUUGGAUUCCCAUGGACGAUGCGAGUCAUGGGGUUCGUCGUGAUGUUCAACGCCACCGUGAUGCUUCUCUUUGCUAGGACGAGGUUGUCACCUCGGUCUAGGGGCCCGCUUGUCGAAUGGGCCGCAUUCAGAGAACUGCCCUAUACUUUUUACACAGCAGGCGCGUUUUGUCUUCUGAUGGGUGUCUAUUUAACGUACAAUUAUAUAAACACAUAUGGCAGAAUAGUGAUAGGCAUGGAUGCAGAGACUUCUCUGAAUACGCUCUUCAUCGCCAACGCCGUCGGUGUCCCAGGCCGAAUCAUUCCAGCACUUGUUUCCGACGCCUAUUUCGGGCCGUUCCGGACAUUAGUGCCGCUCUGCGUCGGUUCGAGCGUUUUGUACUUUGGCUGGAUUGGUAUCCGGGACCAAAGCUCGCUGUACGUAUUCGCAGUUCUAUCCGGUCUAGUCAACGGCGGUGUUCAGGCCAUAUCAAUGGCGGGCCUGCCGUCCUUGACCAAGGAUCUGAGCAAGGUUGGUGUUCGCAGCGGCAUGAUUAUGACCAUUGGAUCCAUCGGAUGCUUAUCUGGCCCGCCGAUCGCUGGGGCGUUGGUAGAUGCUGCAGAUGGACGAUUCAUGUAUAUGCAAAUAUGGGCGGGUUGCAUAAUGUUAUUGAGCGCAUGCUUUGUGGCUGCUUCGUGGUUUGCCCGCACAAAGCAAGGUGGAUGAUGGAGCUUGCAUUAACACUUCAUUAAUGCCGAUCUCUAGUGUUCUAGACCACCAGCGUAUGAAAUAUGUUCAUUGAAUUGACCUUAUUCGUCAAG